AUAUUCUGCCGAGAGCCCAACAGUCAGCAACUUUUGUAGUUUUCGGUCCCGUUUUUAGCUUGUUUCUUGAAAUCCCCGAAUAAAAAUGCUCGGAUUUGAGAAUUUCCCCGAGUACGAAGUUCCCGGCGUUCGCCAGGUCCAGUUCUACCCCUACGAAUCGAAUGGAGGGAGUGUGGUGGCCAUCGCCGGCGAUGACUUUGCCGUGAUCGGGGCGGACACCCGGUUGAGUUCGGGCUACUCGAUCCACACGCGCACGCAGAACAAGCUGUUCCGGCUGUCCGAGGGUACGGUGCUGGCGUCGACCGGCUGCUGGUGCGACACCCUGGCCCUGACCAGCCUGGUCAAGGUGCGCAUGCAAAUGUACAAGGAUCAACACCAGAAGAACAUGACGACGCCGGCCGUAGCGCAGAUGCUGUCGAUUCUGAUGUACAACCGGCGCUUUUUCCCGUACUACGUGUCGAACGUGCUGGCCGGGUUGGACGAGGAGGGCCGUGGAGUGGUGUACAGCUACGAUCCGAUUGGACACUGCGAAAAGACCACGUACCGUGCGGGGGGAUCGGCCGGACCGCUGCUGCAGCCGGUGCUGGACAACCAGAUCGGGUUGAAGAACAUGGUCGGGGCGAGUACGGAGCCGGUUCAGCUGGCGAAGGCCGUGUCCAUCAUCAAGGAUACGUUCAUCUCGGCCACGGAGCGGGACAUUUACACGGGCGAUUCGGUGAUCAUCAACAUCAUCACCAAGGACGGCAUCAAGGAGGAGGUCGUUCAGCUGCGAAAGGAUUAAGCGGGGAGUGCGAGCGCGCGCAUUUUGGCGUGGGAAUUCUUUUUUGCUUCAAUACACAUUAAUCCAAUAAAUUUAAAAAUCAAGGA